AGAGAUUGUUGCGUGCAAAUGACUAGCGGGACUUCAAGUCCCACAAAGCAGGAAAAAAGGAGGACUGGCCGCAUGCGCCUUUACGUUGGGGAGUUAAUAAAUUCACAAGCCCCACUCUUCUCCGUAUCAGAAGCGAAUUGGAGUUUGCGCUGGAGGGAGAUGUUUUUGUACCCGUCAAGAAACUAAGUCAGUAGAGGGAACGGAAAGAGUUCACUUUAACAGUCCUAGCAUAAUAACUCAAACACGAGAUUGGAGUUGAACGGUGGGAGUGUACAGUUAUGGAGCUUAUUAAAGAAGAAGCUGCACCGGAGGAUGACAGCAGAGGGCGGCAGAGGGAUGGUCUGACAAGUGUCGUCUCCUCAAAACAAAUGCAAAGAACCCAGUUAGAGAUCUGUCCGGGUUUGGUGUCUGGAGAUGCACAUCUUAUGUGCCGCGGCCGGGAUAGAAGCGACCCGGAGCCCAAGGCUGGCGACGCAGCAAGUGAUGACGGGUUUACUGGGGACAAAUCAAAUAAUAAGAGAGAAUCUGGUUGCACUAGAGUAAACAACGAGGGGCUGUCAGAUGGCCGCCAGGGCAAAAAGAAACACCGGCGGCGACCCUCCAAGAAGAAGCGCCGCUGGAAGCCUUACUUCAAAUUAACCUGGGAGGAGAAGAAAGAGCUAGAUGAACGCGAGACCGCCCGUGCGUCACGGGUGCGCGCUGAAAUGUUCGCCAAAGGUCUGCCCGUUGCCCCAUAUAACACCACCCAGUUUCUGAUGGAGGAACACGACCGCGAAGAACCUGACCUCAACACGGAGCUGGGAGGCAGAAAAUCCACGGCGAUCCGCUCCGAUGACACGGCCAGCGAAGAUGAGAAUUUUGAGGUCGAAGAUGAGGAGGAGGAGGAGGGAGCCGUUGGCGGUGGCGGAGGCAGCGACGGUAUGGGCAGACCCGGCCACGCAGGCGGAGAGUUUUUGCAGAGAGACUUUUCUGAGACAUAUGAACGGUACCACGUCGAGACUCUCCAAAAUAUGUCUAAGCAAGAACUGGUCAGGGAAUACCUGGAGCUGGAGAAGUGCAUGUCACGGUUAGAGGAGGAGAACAACUGGCUUCGCCACGGCCGGAGAAAUCCCGAGUCCCCGGUUGACGCCACCAGCGCUCAGCGCUUGCGGGAACUAGAGAUUGAGGUUGAGAGACUGAGAGCCGAGAAUAACGAGUUAUUACUCAAAACCCCCCAAAGUAAAGGUCCUGGACUCAACCAGACGUGCUGAAUUAAUGUUUUAUUUUUGUUGUACACGUCAAAUUGUUGCUCUGUCUUACUGUAAACAGCAUCUCUGUGGUAGCUAAAACCAUCUCAGCCUUUGCCAUCUGAAGUCAAUGUUUUCCCGACAGAAAUUUUUUAUUAAAUAUUUCGUGCGGUCCCACAUAUUUGGUCAGUCCAAAAUAAUAUACGUGAUUUGUACUGUUAAACGGACAAAACGAAUAGCCUACAAUGUUAUGUAAAAUAUAAAAAAAAAAAAACGGUGAGAAACUACUCUUAAGGUUGGGCGAGUCUUUGUCAUAACAUCACAAAUGACAUCUCAUAUAAUUUCAGUUUUGUUAAUUUACCAUGAUCAUUGAAUAUUUAAAAUUGUAUUUUAUUUAGAAACAACAAACAUGCAGCGCUUCUGAUUCAUAUUUGAUGGCGCGUAUGCUUCAGUGUGUUUAUGCAUGACAAUGCAUGUUUUACCCAAAUAUAUCGUCUAUUAAAUUUUAGAUUUUAGUUCAAAUUUUAUUCAUCUUAUGUUGCAGGUUCUAUUCUCUGUCAGUCUUUACAUGAUAAAAAUGCAAAACUUGGA